CGAUGGCCGCACGAGCGGCAGCGGAGGCGCGCGCGGGCGCGGCGCGCAUGGCGGCGUGGCGGGCUCAUUCUUACGCCGCGGACGAGGCGGGCGCGGCCGCCGCGCUGCGCCUCGACGCGGCGCGCCGCCCGGUGCGCCGCGCGCCUGAUGAACUGCUUGUGCGAGUGCAAGCGUCUUCUAUAAACCCUAUUGAUCUCGCCAUGAUCCGGGGUUACGGCUCGCGCGUGCUAAACGCCUGGCGAGCGCUGGAAGGAAGCGAAGGAUUGGAGUUCCCGCUUACGCCGGGGCGUGACUUCGUGGGCACGGUGGUGGGCGCCGCGCCGGGCUCCGCACUCGCCCCGGGGGCCCGCGUGUGGGGCGUGCUGCCGCCGCACAGAGUAGGGGCGCACGCGGAUUACGUGCUCGCGAAAAGUUCUUGGGUGAGCCCGGCACCAGAAAACCUAGACGACCUCCAAGCCGGCGGCGCUCUGUACGGAGCGCUAACCGCAUGCGCGGCGCUGCGGGUGGCGGGGUUGGCGCCCGGCGGGGAGGGCGGGAAGCGGGUGCUGGUGCUGGGGCUGGGUGGCGUCGGACACCCGGCUGUGCAGCUGCUAGUGAGGGACAGACAUCAUGUGGUGGUGAGCUGUGCCAGCGAGCAGGCAGAUGCAGCGCGUGCGCUGGGGGCGGAGCCCCUCGACCGUCGCCAGGAAGAUUAUGCUGACCGUCUGCAACAGGCUGCCCCAUUCGACGUGGUAAUAGACUGCGCAGGGCAGGGCGGCGCGGGCGCCGCGCAGCUACCUUGUACGUUCGGCGCGUACGUCACACUGACGUCGCCUCUACUGCGCAGGACGGACGCCAACGGGCUGCUACCAGGCACCGUGGCGGCUGCGGCUGACCUCAUACAGCAGAACUUAGCCGUCAGAGAUCCCGUGCGCUGGGCGUUCUUCUCGCCGCGCGCGGACGACAUCGAACUGUUACGCCGCCGUGCCGAACGGAAACAGUUCUCUGUGGCCGUGGAGCAAGUAUGGAGCUGGCGCGACGCAGGCGCGGCGUACGCGCGCGCUGCGCAAGGGCAUGCGCGCGGCAAGCUGCUGCUCGACUUUGCCGCGCCGUAACCGCUUCACGAGGCGGCACGACUUUGUCGCUGAACGGCCAUGUUAGGGCGUCCGCUAGCUAGCGCGGUUGCACGCAAUGCUCCCGGUAUUGAGUGUGUACGGCGAGAACCGGAAAUUCCCGGUUCCGGUACCGUAUUUAUAUAGAAAACCAGUACCGGGAGCACUCCCUAGUUUGAGCGGGUUUACGAAAAAGAGUACGAGCGUUGCUAACUGGCGCGGACGCGUGAGACGGAUUUUACCUACAAUGGCACCCGCGUGCGGGCGCCUGCGCCAGAUAGCGGACGCCCUUACGGGCCCUAACCAGUCACUUCAACCCUUAAUGAAACGUCAAAAAUAUAUGUAAGAGUCGAACCUAGCUAACUCUGCAUGCCUGCAAUGGCAAAGUGUGGCGAUGUCAUCAUUAAUGUUAAAUAAGAGACAGUCCCUCACUUUGUUCUGUUCAAAUCGGUGCUAAGUUAGCUUGGACGGGCUCUACUUGUGAGCUGUGUCAUAAGUUAAUAUGAGAACGUAUUCUGUGACGUCACAAUGAUACCGUCUCUUUUUAAUGAGUUUUUUGUUUAUUUUAAAAUAAUCUAAUGCGCAGAAAGAAGUCUGUUCUUGUUUUUUCAGUGUAUUUGUUAUUUUAUUUGAAUUAUCUUUAUAGGAAACAACACUAUUAGACAACUGAAUUGAAAUCUGUUCAGCUUUAAAAUACCUACAGUUAGUCGUGAUAUACCUAAAUAACCUAAAUAAGGAAGACUAACGUAGUUAAGUACAUUUAUCUAAGAUUUUCGAUUAAAAAACUAAAAUAAAUAAACCGGGUACUUGUAUGUGUCUUGAAAUGAAAUGUAUUUUUUCUACUCUCCCUUUGUUGUAUUUUCUUCAACAAUACACCUACACUACAAUCAUUUACAUUAAAGGAAGUGACAUUUGAUGAAGUGGAACUGUUGAUGAUGACCAGAACGGAACUCCUCAACGGCAAGUUUUUUACGUCUAGGAGUUUAUUGUAAUCGAAUAC